AUGGAGGAGAUGAGCGCGGUGCACGGCGCGUUGCUGCUGCAGCUGGGCGUGGCGGACCUGGUGGUGUCCCUCACGCAGUUGGUGACGCUGGUGGCGCCCCGCGUGUGCGCCGUGGCGGGCUUCUGGCAGUCCUCGCUCCAGGCCGUCGUGCUCUUCACGGUCUGCGGACUGAACCUGGAGCGGUACGUGGCCAUCGUGGAGCCGUUGGGAUACAAGGCGAGGCCCGGACGAGUCCGGCUGGCGGCGGGACUCGCGGGAGCCUGGGCUGCGGCGGCGCUGGUCUCUGCGGCGCCGCUCGUGGGACUGGCGCCGGCCUUCGACGGCCCCUUCUGCAACGUGUCGGGCUGGUUCGCCCUGCUCUUCUACUCGCUCGUCGUCGUCCUGCCGAGUCUCCUGGUCCUCGGCUGCAACUUCAAGAUCUACCGGAUCGCCCGGUACCACCGGCACUGCAUCGCCAGCGCCAUCUUCCAGGUGACCAUCUCCGCCCACGCCACGAUCACGCACCAGCCGUUCCAGCUGGCGCGCGGGAGAGCCAAGCGCGCCGCCAUGACGGUGUGCCACGUCCUAGCGUGUGACAGGCGCGGAAUGAGCUGCCUGGCUGUAGCUGCGCUGUCGACAGAUUGCAUUCCGCCGAGGAAUGCUGUGCGAGACAGUCUCGUCUGCCUGCCUGCCUGCCUGCAUUUCCUGCCCUCCUGUAGUACGAAUAUGGUGCGUGAUGUGCCGUUGCUGUGCGCGACUCGCGGGUCGCUGUGCGUGGUGUACUGGCCGCAAGUGGCGGUUGCCACGUACGAGACGGCGGCCGGGCAGCCGGCACCCGAGGGCGCCGCGGUGGCGGCGAGGUGUCUCCAGUCCCUGGCGUCCGCGGCCAACGCGUUCGUGUACGGCGUCAAGAGCCGGAGCGUGCGACACUCGUUCCUCAAGGCCGUGAGGCGGAAGUUGUACCAGAGCGACGUGCACCAGGAGAUCCGUGCCAGGGAGCACCUCCAGCAGCACUUGCAGCAGGGCGGCGGCGGCGGGGGCGGCAGUCGGAGGGCCUCGGGCGCCGCCGGGCUCGUGUCGGCCGCCAUCGACAAGAGGAAGCGCGGCUGGUUGCUGCGCCGACAGUCCUUCCUGGAGGACUCGGGCCUUGUGAGGUCUCCGCCUGCAUCCGGUUCCCGGUUGAACGAAAUCGUUGACAAGUCGAACCGCAGUAGGCGUCAGGCAUUCAUCAGUCGGCGCUCGAAAUCCUGCGGCGUCCUGGUGCUGGAGCAACAGGAAAGACGACCGCCUGCACGUCCGACGCCGGAACUGACCGAUGGUGUUCGGGAAGAGAAUGAAGGCGUCUCCCCGGACGUCUGUGAUGUGGAACGGGGCUUGUGGAUGGUGGGCCAGGUGCAGGACACGGCCGCCGUCAGGAGCGACCCGGAAAUGUGCGUCGUGAAGUCGGACGCCGGUUUGUCGCGGCGGAAAAGCCGCAGUCAGGAGAUCUUCCUGCUCCAACAGCGAAGUCAGCGGACUUCGCCAGUGGUGCUGACCAGCUCUCCUUGUCUGUCGACGCCACACGACGUGGUGCCGCGGAAACGGUGGCUGUCGGCGGUGCUGUGCAAACUGGACCAAUUGGAUCAGCGGCCUCCGUCAACAAGCUUCCACGGCUACCGGAUCCAAAGGCUCGUGUAG